AGUAUAGUGCCAACCGUUGACGAGAUAGUCGGUCCAAAAUAUAGAAAUUUUUGUAUUCUUUUGAAAAAUCGAAAACAAAAAACAAAAUUAAUAAAAUCCAUCGAAAUUAAUCAAAAUUGGGAGGCUGAAGCUGAUUUAGAGCUACAAAUUUGAGAUACAAAUUCAUUGUGCGCGAUUCAGUAAUGGCCCAACGGGGUAAACUCGGCCAGUGGCUUCGGCACUCGUUCUCGAGUCUGAAGCGGGUCUUUCAGGGAGAUCUGUCUAUCAAGGGCCGAGUGCAACGACCUUCUACUGAGGUCAACACUCAAUCGCCGUCGGGAGAAGAAAAGCCCAGCCCCGUCGUUGAAGAGCCAACAGUGCCAGUGCCAGCACCAGUCCAAGGAAUAUCAUUUGUUCAGAAUCUGUUUCGCAAGGCCAAUGCAGAUGAGGUGUCCGACAAGGUGACGGUUGCAAAUGCAAUGCCGUUUGCAGAAAUAAGUCCGGCCAUACCCGCGUGCCGAGAGGAUUUCAAAAUGCUUUCUGCCCCAAAAGAGGCUUCGAGCAGUAAAUCGCCAUCGACAAGUAACAGGGACAAAACUGAAGCUGUAGCGGUUUCAACAGUUUCCUCAGUAGACCUUUUGGUGGACUUCUUCGACUCCAAGUAUGGCACACGAACUGUCGAAAAAGAUUCAAUGGAAAGCGCAAUUACAACAGCAAUUCCAAGGGAUCCCCAUCCCGAAGGGGAAAAUAAAAAAGCGAAUUCCGAUGUGUGGGAAAACGAACGCGCACGCCGCACUGCACACGCCGAUCGCAGGCUCCAAUUGAAAAGGAUUGCUCAGUCAAAGAAAAUCUGCCUGUCGAAAGGAUUGCCCGAGAAAGACGAAUUAGUGCAGAAGACCCUGGAUGAAAGUGGGAAGUCCUCGAAAGCUGGCUUCAGUCGAUCCAUCUACUACAAGCGGCUCGGCCCCAAGCAAUAGUUCGUCAGCAGUGAAAAUAUCCAAAUUCUAGUCAAAAUUAAUUCAAAAGAAGUGGAGUAGCCCUGAGAUUGGCUAGAACUCUGUUCUUUUACCUUCCAUCGUUUCUUUUAAUUCCAUUUUCUUUGUCUUUUCGGUUUCAAUUCAAUUCAAGGCAAGUAAAAGUUAAGGCUACAGCAAAAGUAAGUAACAGGAGGAAAAGCAGUUGCUUCAGUACGCGUAGAUGUGAGGC